AUGACGGGGCUUGUGAUGGUGACUAAAUCCACCGUUGGCUGCGGCGGAGGAAAAGUAGGAGGGAAGACCAAAUCCACCGUGGAGGAGCAGAACCAGCAGCAACUCUCAGUAGUUGAGUUUCUACUAACAGCUCUCCGUAAAUCCGUAAUAUCCUGCCGUGUCGAUAAUAACCAGCAAGACGACGUCGUAGGAGGAGGAGGGAUCUCCUCCGUUCAUCACAUGGAGAUCGGAUGGCCAACAAACGUCCGACACAUCACUCACGUGACGUUCGAUAGAUUCCGUGGCUUCCUCGGUCUCCCGCACGAGCUUCAAGUCGAGAUCCCAUGUCGUGUCCCUAGUGCAAGUGUGAGUGUGUUUGGUGUCUCUGCGGAGUCAAUGCAAUGUUCUUAUGACAACAAAGGAAACAGUGUCCCAACUAUUCUAUUACUAAUGCAGCAGAGACUAUACUCUCAACAAGGUCUCAAGGCUGAAGGGAUCUUUAGGAUAAACCCUGAGAACAGUCAAGAGGAGCAUGUGAGAGACCAACUCAACAGAGGCGUUGUCCCUGAGAACAUCGAUGUGCAUUGCUUGGCUGCUCUUAUCAAAGCUUGGUUUAGAGAGUUGCCUUGUGGAGUGCUUGAUGGUCUUUCUCCUGAGGAGGUUCUUAACUGCAACACCGAGGAAGAUUCUGUUGAGCUUAUAAAGCAGCUGAAGCCUACUGAGUCUGCUUUGCUGAGUUGGGCUGUUGAUCUUAUGGCUGAUGUUGUUGAGGAAGAGGAGUUUAAUAAGAUGAAUGCGAGGAAUAUCGCCAUGGUUUUUGCUCCUAAUAUGACUCAGAUGACAGAUCCAUUAACUGCUCUUAUGCAUGCUGUCCAAGUGAUGAACUUGCUUAAGACCCUCAUCACCAGAACACUAGCUGAACGGGAAGGAACGACAAGUGGAUCAGAAGGGUAUUCACCUUCCCAUUCAUCAGAUUCCCAAACUGAUUCUGAGUCUGACAAUGCACAAGAUAUGGAAGUUAGCUGUGAAUCACAAGGCACAGAUUCAGAAUCCGGAGUAGGAGAAGAAGAACAAGAAAAACAAGAUGUAAAUGAUAUUGGAUCACUAAGCUUGAUAGAGGACUGCUUCUUGAGUCAGCUCAACAACAAUGCUAGAGUUUCAGACACCAGUAUGUCUGAAGACUUAAGCCCGAAAUGCUCUCCAGUGGUAUCAUUCACAGACAACAAAAACAACACUUCUGGCUCAAGCACAAGCGACCAAGAUGAAUCUAUGACCGUCUAAUUCAACACUUUAGGUAACCAUCACAUUUUUUCAUGCCUAAUCUGCUGCAGAGAGAGCAAACAAGAACCGGUUGUGUCUGUAAAUCAACACAGAGAUUAUUGUCCACUUUGUUAGGGUCUAUAGAGAUUGUUGGUGCUGAGUCUGAUUAGGGUUCAGCAUGGGCUGAACCUGUUUGUUGACUGUUGUUGUAGUUCUUGCUCCAUGUUUGUGUUUGUCUGUGUGUGUUUUGCUGUUUGGUUUGUUGUAGC